AUCUUUGCUUGAAACCCAAGAAACAAAGCUCAAUUUUGAUUCUCACAAACUAGUCAACACAUACUAUCCUCUUUAUAAAACCACCACAAGAAUGGGGGAGAAAGAGAACAGACGAAGCAUAACACGCAAAGAGAGAGAGAGAGAAGGAGAGGAAGGAGAGGUUUUAUAUGAUCAGUUGUGGAAAAUAAGAUUGAUUAAGGUAAUUAAUGGCGGAGUUAUUUCGCAAGCAGGCGGAGAAGUAUGCGGAGGCGCGGCCGACCUACCCGCCGGAGCUCUUUCAGUUCAUCGCAUCGAAGACGGCCCGACACGACCUCUGCUGGGACGUUGGCACCGGCAGCGGCCAAGCCGCCGUCUCGUUGGCGGAGUUGUACAAGUCCGUGGUGGGCACGGACACGAGCGCGGAGCAGCUCGCCUACGCGCCACGUGUCGCCAACGUCCGGUACGUCCACACGGGGCCCACCCCGUCCCUACCAUUCCUCCACGGCCACGUGGCGGCCCCAUCCACCGUCGAUCUCAUCACCGUGGCCCAGGCAUUCCACUGGCUCGACCCGGCCUCCUUCCACGCGCAGGCGCGCUCACUCCUGCGCCCGGCCCACGGAGUCCUCGCCGCGUGGUGCUACACCGUGCCCACCGUGGACCCAGCCGUGGACUCCGUGCGCCGGCGCCUGUACGCCGAGUCCGGGCCCUACUGGGCCCCCGAGCGGCGAUUGGUGGACGAGGAGUACCGGAACGUGGAGUUCCCCGUGGACCCGGUGCAGGGGGAGGAGGGGACGGGGCCGUUCGAGUUCGUGUCGGAGAGGGAGAUGGAUCUCGGGGCGUAUCUGACGUACAUCAGGUCGUGGUCCGCGUAUCAGACGGCUCAGGAGAAGGGCGUGGAAUUGUUGACCGAAUCGACGGUGGGUGAUCUCGUCGAGGCCUGGGGUGGGAAUCCCGAGGCGGUUAAGGUAGUUAAGUUCCCGAUCUUUCUCAGGAUUGGGAGAGUGCGCGAUUAGGGCGAAACAAUAUAUGCACCCCUGCACCAGGUGUAUCUCCACACUCCCUCAUGCACCGCACCAACUAGAGGGGCCCCGUAUUAUAUAUAAAUAAAUCACGUGGUUUGAAAUGGUAGAGAAAAGAACAUUGUUUCGGUUUUGUGGUGAUGUAUAAGUUUUAUAAAUAUCAUAAAAUAUAUUUAAUGAAUUAAAAAUUGAUUUUAAUGUCCUUAAUUC